AUGGCAGCGCUAGCAUUCCAUUUAUUCAAGACAUUAUCAGCCAAUGUUCCAGAAAGUUGUCUUCUAAUAGCAUUGGGAGUGUGUACUGGUGCCGUCCUGCAUUAUAGUAAAGCUGCUUCAACAGACCAAUAUGUCCUGGAUGCAAAUACCUUCUUCCUCUUUCUCCUGCCGCCUAUUAUCUUUGAUGCAGGCUACCACAUGCCCAAUAGAGCCUUCUUCAAUAACUUAGGAACCAUUCUGCUAUUGGCCGUAGUGAACACAUUAUUUAAUACCAUAGCUAUUGGCUUAGGGCUAUGGGCAAUGACACUGGUUGGAGCCAUCAACAGAAGCAUCAGCUUACUCCAUUGCCUACUCUUUAGUGCUCUAAUAUCUGCUGUUGAUCCAGUAGCUGUGUUGGCUAUAUUUGAAGAAAUCCACGUCAAUGAGAUGUUAUAUAUUAUUGUGUUUGGAGAAUCUUUGUUAAAUGAUGGUGUCACAGUGGUGCUGUAUCAUAUGUUGGAAUCUUAUUCUGAAAUUGGUGAAAUGAACAUUCUACCCAUCGACAUUGCAACUGGUUUCUUCUCUUUCUUUAUUAUUGCUCUUGGUGGUACCCUGAUUGGUAUAAUAUAUGGUUUAAUUGGUGGAUUUAUUACUAAAUAUACUGAGUCUAUAAAAGUUAUUGAACCAUUAUUUGUAUUUGUGUUGGGAUAUUUAGCCUAUCUUACUGCUGAAAUGGUGCACAUGUCCAGUAUAUUAGCGUUGACAUUUGGUGGUAUUACAAUGAGACAUUACGUGGAAUUAAAUAUGUCUAAAACCUCUGUGACUACUUGCCGAUAUUUUAUGAAAUUAUUAGCCAAUAUUAGUGAAACUGUUAUAUUUAUGUUCCUGGGGUUAUCUACUAUUAUUGAAACACAUGAUUGGCAGCUAGAUUUUGUAUUUUUCACUCUACUCUUCUGUAUAGUCUUCAGAGUUAUAGGUAUUGUCUCUAUAGCAUUUAUAGUUAACAGAACUCGAUUGAUUCAAUUAUCUAAAUUUGACCAAUUUAUUAUGUCCUAUGGUGGAUUACGUGGUGGAAUUGCUUUCUGCUUGGCUUUGUUGUUAAAUGAAGAGUUUAUACCUGAGAAACGAAUGUUUGUAUCUACGACCAUUGUGGUUGUUUUCUUCACAGUGUUUUUACAGGGUAUAACUAUAAAGCCAGUUGUAAAUGCUUUAAAGGUAGAAAAAGCUUCUAUAGAUGAUAAUCCUACUAUGAACGAAAGAUUUCACAGAAGGGCUAUAGCUACUAUCAAUUUUGAUAGCAUGGUAAAGGCUAUAGCUACUAUCAAUUUUGAUAGCAUGCUAAAAGCUAUAGCUACUAUCAAUUUUGAUAGCAUGCUAAAGGCUAUAGCUACUAUCAAUUUUGAUAGCAUGGUAAAGGCUAUAGCUACUAUCAAUUUUGAUAGCAUGCUAAAAGCUAUAGCUACUAUCAAUUUUGAUAGCAUGCUAAAGGCUAUAGCUACUAUCAAUUUUGAAGGUAUUUGUUGCUGGGGAGAUCAUAGAUAA